AUGUCACAGUUUUUCGUUCUUGCCCCAACAAGCUAUGGCGGACGGGGUGUGUUUGCCUCUCAAUCGAUCCCAAAAGACACACUCGUUCACACGUGUCCUGCUCCUUAUGCCUCUGUGAUUUAUCGCGAGUUUCGCAAGGAAGUCUGUGCGCAAUGCUUCGAUUACUCGUUCGAUGCACGACGGAAUGCGUGGAACAUACGCCUCGAUGGAUUUUAUUUCUGCAGUGAUGGCUGUUUGGACGAUUGGAAGAGAGAAAACCCUAGGGAGCUCAUUGCAGAUGUGGUGUCCGCCAUCGAUCGUCUGACCAAGAGCAUGGUCAAGGGCAAAAGCAAGAGCAAUCUCUCGGACUUUGCCACUCCCUCGCCUGGCCCCGAAGCUCUGGAUACCAUCUGGGGAAAAGCGGAGCAGUACCCAAUACGAGGACACCCCGUCGUUUUUCUGGAUGAACUCGAGCUUGAACACGCGCGCUUUGUUCUCUCUGGUUUGAUUCGACGUCAUGCUGACGAGUCCAGCAACUCAUGGAGCGACAUGCUCGAACUACAAGACAACGAGCUCCAUUAUAUCCGGCAACGGCCCGGUGCGCUUUCGUCCCAAAUCCGCGUUUAUAUCUUUAUUCGGCUGGUUGUCCGGGAAAUCCCGGUGCUGAGCCAAUAUGUCGAAACCUCCGACUCUGUCCGAGCCAUCCUUUCACGCGAUCCUGGUAACGUCUUUGGAAUCUACGAAACCAAUCAAACUGGAGACAGCGAAAUGUUUGGCUGGUGCAUGUAUGUCUCGGCCUCUUUUUUCAACCACGACUGCAAUCCAAACAUCCGAAAGCGUAGAUCGGGGCGCGCCAUGUGCUUUUACACUACGAGGGACGUUUCACCAGCAGAAGAACUUUGCACCAACUACAUCAGCCUGGAGGAUUCGGUCACCGAGCGCCGCCAACAGCUUUCGUCCAACUGGUACUUCGAUUGUGGCUGUCAACGUUGUAAAGACGAAUUGUCGGAGACAGGUUGA